AUAUGAAUGUAAUACACCCCUAUUGCAUAGAGCAGCACUUAGUGCAACAUCUUCUAUGAAUGAACGAGGACCUGAGAAUGCCGUUCUUUAUGGUGAGGAAAACAGUGUACAGCUGUACUAGUGUAGUGUGAAUCAAUGAACAUUUUUAAAAUGACGAACACUAGUGUAAGGUGGGCAUUCAAUUUUACUAAGUGGAAUCCGUCUCACUCCGAUAUGCUACUAGCCUCUUCAUGUGUACAAACUGAAGAGAAGGACCGUUUGAGUAGAUUCUAUUUCAGAAAAGACUUUAAAUCCUCCUUAAUCGGCAGAUUAAUGAUGAGAAAAUUUGUUUGUCAAGCCUCCGGCAAAAAAUAUGAUGAAAUUAAGUUCCUGAGAGAUGAUAAAGGAAAGCCAAUGUUAUUUGAAAGCAAUACAUAUCCAAACCUGGAUUUUAACAUAUCUCAUCAAGGAGACUAUGUCGUUUUAGCUGGAGAAUGCAGCAACGUUAAAUUAGGAGUAGACGUAAUGAAACUGGAAUAUAGUGGUGGUAAAUCGUUGGAUGAAUUUUUUCGAUUAAUGACUAAGAAUUUUUCCCCUGAAGAAUGGGUAAUGAUCAAGAGUAGCGGUACUGAAAAACAACAAAUAGCCAUGUUUUGCAGACAUUGGUGCCUCAAGGAAAGUUACGUGAAAGCAAUUGGUGUGGGAAUUACGAUAAACUUACAAGAUAUUCGUUUUAAGGUUAAUACGAGUGUUCUUGACAAGAAUUUUAUAGUCGAUGAUACUGAAUUAUAUAUAAAAGGGAUGAAAGUGAACUGGAAAUUCCAGGAAAUGCUUUUAGAUGAUCAGCAUUGUGUUGCUGUAGCUUUAAAUGACACUUCUAAUAUGAAUUUAGUUUUUAGAGAAAUUGAUUUUAGUGAACUGAUGGAAGGUUGUGUACCUUUUCUUCCUAGGGACGAACAAUAUUGUCUGAACUAUUUUAGGAAAUGUGAAAGACCGUAAUGUCAUAGAAGAAUAAAAAUAUUUUGAUAUAAAUUUUUUUUAUUUUGUGCUUUAUAAUUUCUCA